UCAUUUUCAAUGUGGUAACAGAACCAACCAAGCUCCAAUAAGCUCACAUUUGGUCCUUAGGAUUGGUGGGAGUGGUUAUUCAGAAAACUAAGGGAUACCUAAAUAUUAUAUACCUACCUAUAAUCCAGUUCGGAUUGUUUCUCACACAAUUUUCCAUUCAUCCAGCAAAUAGCAUUCUGAAGAGAAUCGCUUCAUAAUUAUACAUGUUAUCAAACCACAUUAUGUGCAUAUUCAUAAAAACUGGCGGAGUUUUGUUGCGUAACUAGUACAGCUCUGAAAAAAGUGUAUUUAUUUCUCAUGAAUAUCACAGACAUGCAUUUAAAAAAUUACAUAGAUUCACUGGAUACACGUGGAAUGAUUAUAUUAGGAAACGAGUUUAUUACAUAUGUACCUCAAACUGCAUAACUUUUUACAAUGCUAUUUCUCUAAUACAAAGUUGACUCGGCGUUUACACCUUGCCGUGGACCGUGAUCUAGGUUUCUCGAAAUAAUAAAAGUUUGGAAUGUGUUUUUACUGUAUUUAAGUAAUCAAUAUUUAAGCAUGGUGAAUUUACUUAACGCUGCAAUGUACCUUAUAUCAGGAAUCGUACUAGGUAUAAAUAAUAACACUGAUAAACUCAGCCAUACUUCAUGCAAAAUAAAAGAUGCGAAAGAAUGUGCAAAUAUUUGGAAUAGUGAGGAAAAUUUUAAAGAGGAGUAUCCAACUUAUGCAAAUCUUACCACGCCUGACCUUAUCGAACGUCAAGGGUAUCCUGUCCAGUCAUACAAGGUCGUUACUGAAGAUGGCUACAUUCUUACCUUGUUUCGGGUCUCGCAUUCUAACCGAUCUCCACCACGUGCUGGGAAGAUUCCAGUCCUUCUGAUGCAUGGAUUUACGACUUCUUCAGUUUUAUGGGUUUGGAUGAAACCUGAGAAAAAUUUGCUGUACAUGUUGGUGGAUGCUGGUUUUGACGUAUGGCUUGGAAAUGCUCGGGGGACACGGUACUCUCUGGAGCAUGUCUCCCUUCCCAGUAAUUCUAAAAGAGAUCUGAGAUAUUGGGAUUUUAGUUUUCAUGAAAUGGGUUACUACGACCUCCCUGCAGUAUUCAAUCUCAUAGAAGAAACGACAUCACAGCCCAGCUUUUAUUAUGUCGGAUACUCGAUGGGGAAUACGCAGUUCUUCUCCGGACUUAUGUCACGUCCCGAACUUUCGGUCAAAAUUAGGGGCAUUUUCUCCUUAGCCACAAGUGGGUUUCAACCGAGUAUAACGAAUAUCCUUUUCCGAACUUUGGUCCCGGUGUUGGCGCCAAUGAAAGGAAUGCAAAUGGUGUCACGUUUAACGGGUGGAUAUUUAAAUCCGACCGGAUACAUAAUACCGGAUGGAACAUUUACAAAACAAUGCUCUAUCCCUGUCAUAAAUUGCGGAUUUUGCUACUCCGUGUAUUCCGCAUUGAUGGGGGUGGACCCUUGUCGAGUAGAUUUUGCCGAGCUACCAGGAAUAUUGUCACAUUUACCGGACACGAGCUCUGUCCGAUCUGCAUCCCACGUGGCACAAAACAUGCUAAGUGGAAAAUUUCGACAAUAUGAUUACGGAAUUUGGGGAAAUGUGAGGCGAUAUGGAAAUAUAAAUCCUCCAAGUUAUGACUGGUCGCGGUAUAACGUACCCACCUUCAUUUAUUAUGGAGACAAUGAUAACUUAUCUGUUCCAAAGGAUGUUUUGAGGACGGCAAACGUAAUGGGUAAAAACUUGAAGAAAAUCGUCCGAAUUCCAGAUCCCUCGUGGGGCCAUAUGGAUUAUGCGGUUGGAAAUGAUGCCGAUAUUUAUAUUUAUAAGGACAUCACAGACAUAUUAAUGAAUGAAACGGUUAAUGAAAUAAAUCUAAAUUAACUUGUGGA